GUGACGGGUCAGACGCGUGGUGGAACGGGGGAACGGGGCAGCGGGACGGCAGUGAAGAGCAGCGAACGUUCGGCGCACGGCGGACGAUGAUGGUGGGGCCAUGAGCCCGAGCCCCGAGGUCGUUGCGAGCCGCAAGCGCGUCUCAAGCGGGCCUGCACCAUGCUAGCGCCGCCGAACCCGAGGUCAAUAUGCGGCCAGGACCCGGGCUGGUCGUGAUGGCGCUUGCGUUUAUUUCGGGGGCUCGGCGAGGCACCGGUCAACAGAGCAGCAGUGCCAAUCAGAGUGGCAAGUUGGGCAAAGUUGGAGAAGACAAUACGGGAGAAGGCGGCGCACUAACGCGGAUCAAUCCGUGGCUUUCGGCGUGCGAUCUGGAGCAGCCCAACUCGGCACCGGAUCUCCAGGGUCAAUGUUCAGCCGGUACACUGCCUGUGGCCUGGAUAGACGAAGGUCCUGGACCACCGCGGUGUCCACCGCCAUGUGAAACAUUUCGUACACAUGCUACAUAUAAUAAUAAUAAUAAAAAUAAUAAUAAUAAAAAUAGUAAUAUGCCAUACAAUAUUGAUAAUACUAAAUAUAACAUGGAGAACCGGUUAAAUGAUAAACAACAGUGCCUUGACUAUUUGGGCGAUAAUGAAGAGUUAAGUCCAGCACAAAUUUGUAAAAAAUCGUCACAAAGUAUUGAGACCAAGCUGAAAACAUUACGUUUAAGACAUUGUUGUGAACGUACCGUUGGCAGUGCUUUACACAACGCAGCCUACGUCGACGUGCUGCAGGGCGGUCCCGGGUGUACCGGGCGGCUGACCGAGCUGCUGGAAACGGACGCGCUGGCGGCACGGAUCACAUGCGAAUUUACCGAGGUGCUGAUACGGUACGACUGCGGACAGCCGUACUCUAUCAUCCAUCACUGUGAGGAUUGUAAGGAGGCAUAUCGAAGGUGGGGCUGCAGCGUUUUUAUACCGUACUUCACGUCGAGGGACGACAUCAAAAGUGUUAACAAUAAAACCGGUAAUCGAGACAGUGACCGUGCUUCCCAGGGGAAAUCGAACGCCAUCUUUGGGGACGCCGCGAACAAGCAGACUGAGCCGAACAUGAACGAUGCGAACAAGCAGCAACUAGUAAAAAAUAUAUCAAUCACUGUAAAAAGUUCACGCCGAAAACGAGUACGAAUACGACCAUGUCUAAACGUAUGCCAAACCGUAGAGCAAAAGUGCCCAUACAUGUUGCCGGGCGAUCGGGCACCAGCCUAUCCGACGCAGUACGCCGGUGAACCGACGUUUCUAUGUCGAGACCUUAACAUCGAAGAAACGGGUGACCAGCUGCGAAAAUCCAACAACGGUCCAACCGAUUGCUGCUACGACUACUGCAAUUCCAGCCCGAUCGAUGGCCUCUGUGCACGCUGUGAUCCACUGCACAACGAGACACAGCAUCCGGACAGUGAGGCGCUGGCGCUAAGCAGCGAACCACCGGCAAUAUCGCCCAACUGCCCAAGCAUCACCACACCCACGAGCAGCUCAUCCCUGUCCGAGCAGUGUCGGCUGUCGCAGGCCACCAUUACGUCCACCGCAGCGACCAGCACACCCAGCACCACCACCACCGCCACCACUACUAGCCGAAGCGGCAGCAGUAGUUCCACCGCCAGCACCUCUACCACCAGCACCGUCAGUAGCAGGAGGUUCUCCGGAGACAGUGCCUCCACUACGGCCAUGUCUGUACCGUCGAGCUCAUCAACGGCACGGGCAGUCUCCUCCCUGCUGAGGGCGCUCUGUGCGCUCGGAUCGGUCUACCGGACGCACACGAACGGGGUACAGUCGUGGAUCGCGAUGGUGGCCGUACUGACCGUCGGUACCGAGCUUGUCGCCUGGACGAAGCAACUUGUGCAUCUGCUCGUGGUGUUAUAGCUCGC